AUGGAUGCCCUUAUGAUGAUGGGCGUGAUCCAUAGCCGAUGUUGGCUAGAAGCAGUAUCAGUUGAAGCUAUGGAGCACCCUUCAAGUUUCAGAUCGAUAUUGAGUUCCAUAUCCACAGAUAUUCCAGAUGUAGAGACAGAUCCAAAGCUAUUUGAUCGAGAUCGAGUAGCUAUAGCGGAUCCAUUUAGAGAUCGGAACCCCGUUCAGGGUACACCCAUUUUAGUAGCAACUGACCCUAAGCCGUGUCUUCAGCCAAUUUCAACUCAAAAAUAUCUGAUUUCUGACACAGGUGCAUUUGAGUUUGCUAAGCGCUUUUGCGUCAAGGGUGGACGCGUGGAUUUAUCUGCCAUGUCUGCUCGUUGUUUGCUUGCUUACCAGCAUCCAUAUGGUGGCUAUAUGUAA